UGUUUUGUUUCCUAUCAAGUGCGGAAUACACAUUGAAGUGUCAUGAUGAUGGAAUCGUGCUCCAACUCAUACUCGUCCGCCAGUUUCUACGUCAUUGUUGAGCCCUCCGUCAUUGACGAUCGUCAACUUCGCAUGCCAGACAGAUUUGUCCAAGAACAUGGAGAUGAACUCCUUGAUACCGUCAAGCUUAUUGUUCCCACUGAUGAUUUCUGGUCUGUGGGUGUGAAGAAGGCUGGUAAAACGAUUUGGCUUCAUGAUGGUUGGCAAGAAUUUAUGGAGCAUUAUUCUGUCAGCUGUUGGUACUUUUUACUCUUCAAAUAUGGACAGAACUCAUGUUUCAAUGUCCACAUAUUUGAUCUAGCAGCUACUGAGAUUGAUUAUCAACUUAGGAGCCAUGAUAAUGCUAAAUCACGUGACGUUGCUCAGGAUCUUUCUCACGGAAAGGAUAAAAUUGUGGAAAUUGUUGCUGAUAAGAGCGACAUGAGCUCUGUUGAAAUUGUGGAUCCCUCUGAAACUGAGCAGGGACCAGAGAGUUCAGCUAAGUCAUCUGAACUUUCGCAUAGAGCCAAAAGACGUAAAAUUGCAUCUGGAAAGAUUAACUUUUCGCGUUGCUAUGAAACAAGAAACAGAACAAACAAAUUACGUGAUAAUGGACAGCUAUUAAAUGCGAAGAAUUUGAAGAUAUCGGGCAAUAGCAGUUUAACUAAGCCACUUGGUGGCCAAUUAGUUCGGCAAAGUAUGAGAACUCCUAUACAUUCUGCAGCGGCAACUGGAGAUACAAGGAAAUCGUUCACCAGCCAGCAGCAGGAGAAAUCUGUAGGGUGUGGAAGGUAUGAUCGUCGCGAAAGAGGACAACAGAAGGUUUCAGGAACGAGCACAGCCAUUAAAGCUGCCAAUAUGUUCAUUCCAGAAAAUCCUUACUUCUUGCAGAUUCUUCAAAAAUAUAACACAGUACGGAACUAUAUUCUGAAUGUACCAGUUGUCUUUGUUCGAAAGUAUAUGCCAAAGACUUCAGAAUUAAUUGAACUUCAAGAUACUGACGGAAAUAAGUGGAAUGUCCGUUGCAUUAGGAGGAAACAUCGGAUUCUUUUAAGCAAAGGAUGGUUGAACUUUGUUACGGAUAACAGUUUAGUGGAAGGAGAUGUUUGUGUCUUUGAGUUGAUCAAGGACCUUAAGGCUGAUGAAUUUAUGCUGAAGGUGCACAUGUUUCGCUCUAGUGUGGAAGAAAAUUCGACAAAACAUUAAUUUUCAUAGAGCAAAAUAUGUACUUUGUUGUCAUCUAUAAUAACAUAUUCAAUGUUAUUCCA